GAUGAUUGAAUAGAGAAGCGAAGGUGCACGAGAAAGAAGCGGCGAGAGAAAAAUGUCGAAAACGCUGGUGCAGCCGAUCGGGCAAAAGCGGCUCACGAACGUCGCCGUCGUGCGUUUGAAGAAACACGGGUUACGAUUCGAAAUCGCUUGCUACAAAAACAAAGUCCUCUCUUGGCGUUCCCGGGUUGAGAAGGAUUUGGACGAAGUGUUACAGUCCCACACAGUUUACUCAAAUGUUUCGAAAGGAGUACUGGCUAAGACCAAAGAUUUGGUGGCCGCUUUCGGGACUGAUGAUCAGACUAAAAUUUGUUUAGAGAUUUUGGAGAAAGGGGAGCUACAAAUUGCAGGGAAGGAAAGGGAAUCUCAAUUUUCAAGUCAGUUUCGGGAUGUCGCCACGAUUGUUAUGCAAAAGACUAUCAAUCCUGAAACUCAACGCCCUUAUACUAUUAAUAUGAUUGAGAGACUAAUGCACGAAAUUCAUUUCGCGGUUGAUCCCCAUAGUAGCUCCAAGAAGCAGGCACUAGAGGUUAUUCGUGAGCUUCAAAAGAACUUUCCUAUAAAACGGUCUCCCAUGAGAUUACGACUCACUGUUCCUGGACAAAAUUUACAUUCUCUUUGUGAGAAGCUGAAUGAAUGGAGUGCUACCACCGUUUCAAAAGAUGAAUCCGGAAGUCAGCCAUCGGUUAUUUGUGAAAUGGAACCAGGAAUUUUUCGAGAAUGUGAUGCCCUCGUGAGGAAUUUACAGGGUAGGUUGGAAAUACUUGCAAUGUCUGUGCAUGCUGAGGGAGAUACCCAGGUUGAUCAAUAUGAUGACGAGGAUAUAUCACAUCCACCCAAGAAAUCUGCCGAUUCAGUGCCAUCACGUCUACCCCAGGAAUCUACUGAUGUGGAGCUUCAACUAAGUGAGAAAAUGCAAAAACAGACCAUCUCUUCAGGAAAUGGGAAUGCUGAGGAGGAGGUAAAGCAACACAAGUGUAGCACAUGCGACGCAUUUGUGGGGGAUUCCAAACAGUAUAGGGAUCACUUUAAGAGUGAGUGGCACAAGCAUAAUUUAAAACGCAAAACCAGGCAACUUCCUCCUCUUACUGCGGAAGAGUGCUUAGCUGAUAUGGAAAUGAGCGACUCGAAGUCAGAUUUGCAGGAUUAUUCGUUUUGACUUGUGUCUAAAACUCAGUCUGAUUUGCAGUAAAAACAUAGAAUAUAUAUUAAUUUAAACCAAAAAUUGUUUAUGGUGAUUAAAAUUAUCUCCCCUGACGCAGACUGAUUCGUAUAGAAAGCCAGAUCAUAUAUAUAUAUAUAUAUAUAAGCUGAUUCAUCCAGAAUUGAAAGGGUAUAAAUGCUAAGAUGCAUUUAUUUGUUUG